GUCUUGACUCGCAGGAUGAACACCCUCCGAACUCUGUUUCUCUUGGCCGCCGGCCUCUCUGUGGCCCUGUCUACCAACGACAAGGCACUCAACCAGUUCAGGAACAUGAUCCUGUGCAUGAUGCCUGACAGCUGGCCGCUUUUCGACUACACUGACUACGGCUGCUAUUGUGGAGUGGGCGGCUCUGGCACGCCUGUGGACGAUCUGGACAGGUGCUGCCAAGUGCACGACAAGUGUUACAGUGACGCCAUGCAGCACGACCAAUGCUGGUUCAUCAUCGACAACCCUUACAUCGAGUUCUACGCCUACAGCUGUGACAAAGCAAGCAAGACGAUCACCUGUGGCGAGAACAACAACGAAUGUGAGAUGUUCAUCUGCGAGUGUGACAGGAAGGCCGCAGAGUGUUUCGCCAAAUCGCCUUGGAUCCCCGAGCACGAGCACCUGCCCAGCAACCGAUGUCAUUCAAAUACCUCUGCAGUUUAUCCAACGCAGGAUCCAGUCCCACACACGACACACCCAUCACUGAGCUCUCAGGAGCGGCAGCAGCUUGUUUCGUCCGCUCAUUGAAAUACUCCCACUGACUUUGUACUGUCACAUUCACAAGGUCAUGGUUUUCUUUUCUCCUUCUUUCUUUGUGCUGCAUCUCUAUUGUCAGCUGUGGAUCUGUAUCCUGACAAGAAACACCAGUAGAUCUGUGUCUCUCAUUAACUGAUGCUGGUUGUUCACGGGUAUAAUCCUAACUCAAGUUUCCAGUAGAGGGCGCUCUCAUCUAGCUCUUUCUUCCCUUGCUUGCAGAAAGUAGUUUACAGACUCUAGACUUUAAUAUUGGCACUCGC